AUGUCCCCCGGGGGCAAGUUCGACUUUGACGACGGGGGCUGCUACGUGGGGGGCUGGGAGGCGGGGCGGGCACAUGGCUACGGCGUGUGCACCGGGCCCGGCGCCCAGGGAGAGUACAGCGGCUGCUGGGCGCACGGCUUCGAGUCGCUGGGUGUCUUCACGGGGCCCGGCGGACACAGCUACCAGGGCCACUGGCAGCAGGGCAAGCGCGAAGGGCUGGGCGUGGAGCGCAAGAGCCGCUGGACCUACCGCGGCGAGUGGCUGGGCGGGCUGAAGGGGCGCAGCGGCGUGUGGGAGAGCGUGUCCGGCCUGCGCUACGCCGGGCUCUGGAAGGACGGCUUCCAGGACGGCUACGGCACCGAGACCUAUUCCGACGGAGGCACCUACCAAGGCCAGUGGCAGGCCGGGAAGCGCCACGGCUUCGGGGUGCGCCAGAGUGUACCCUACCACCAGGCGGCGCUUCUGCGCUCACCCCGCCGUACCUCUCUGGACUCGGGCCACAGCGACCCCCCGACGCCGCCUCCGCCCCUACCCCUACCAGGAGAUGAAGGAGGUAGCCCAGCCUCCGGCUCCCGAGGCGGCUUCGUGCUGGCGGGGCCAGGGGACGCCGAUGGGGCGGCCUCCCGUAAGCGCACCCCAGCAGCAGGUGGAUUCUUCCGCCGUUCGCUGCUGCUCAGCGGGCUCCGGGCUGGUGGGCGCCGCAGCUCCCUGGGCAGCAAGAGGGGAUCUCUACGCAGCGAGGUGAGCAGCGAAGUGGGCAGUACAGGACCCCUGGGCUCCGAGGCCAGUGGGCCCCCUAUCCCAGCGCCACCUGCCCUCAUCGAGGGCUCGGCCACUGAGGUGUACGCUGGUGAGUGGCGUGCAGACCGGCGCAGUGGCUACGGAGUGAGCCAGAGAUCCAACGGGCUGCGCUACGAAGGCGAGUGGCUGGGCAACCGAAGGCACGGAUAUGGGCGCACCACCCGGCCUGAUGGCUCCCGUGAGGAGGGCAAGUACAAGCGCAACCGGCUCGUGCACGGGGGACGCGUCCGCAGCCUCCUGCCUCUGGCUCUUAGACGGGGCAAAGUCAAGGAGAAGGUGGACAGGGCUGUCGAAGGUGCCCGCCGAGCCGUGAGUGUUGCCCGCCAGCGCCAGGAAGUCGCGGCUGCCAGGGCAGCAGACGCCCUCCUAAAAGCAGUGGCAGCCAGCAGCGUCGCCGAGAAGGCUGUGGAAGCGGCAAGGAUGGCCAAACUGAUAGCCCAGGACCUGCAACCCAUGCUAGAGGUCCCAGGCCGCAGACCCAGACAUGAUUCAGGAGGUUCUGACACAGAACCUUUGGAUGAGGACAGCCCUGGGGUAUACGAGAAUGGACUGACUCCCUCAGAGGGCUCUCCGGAACUGCCCAGCAGCCCUGCCCCCUCCCACCAGCCUUGGCGAGCCCCUGCCUGCCGGAACCCACUGUCUCCUGGAGGGGACUGGGGUCCCUUCUCCAGCCCUAAAGCUUGGCCCGAGGAGUGGGGAGGUCCUGGAGAGCAGGCAGAGGAACUAGCCGGCUAUGAGGCUGAGGAUGAGGCUGGGACACAGGGUCCAGGACCCAGAGAUGGUUCCCCACUUCUCGGAGGCUGCAGUGACAGUUCAGGAAGUCUUCGAGAGGAAGAGGGGGAAGAUGAAGAGUCCUUGCCCCAGCUGAGGGCCCCAGGGGGCUCAGAGUCUGAGCCUGUCACCACGCCAGUUUUGAGGGGCCUGUCUUCAAGGGGUCCUGAUGCUGGGUGCCUGACAGAAGUGUCUGAGGAGCCUGCUGCCACCGAGAGGCCUGCCCAGCCGGGAGCUGCCAACCCCCUGGUGGUGGGAGCCGUGGCCUUGCUGGACCUCAGCCUGGCGUUCCUGUUCUCCCAGCUCCUCACCUGAGGCACAUCCCAGCUCCUCCUGGCUCUGGUUGCCUGCCUCUCCACCCACUCUGACCUGCCUCUCUCUCUUUCCCUACUAGUUGGGUUUCCUCCUUCCUUUCCUCCUUUAUUUUGGUCUCCUGCUUCCCGGUUCCCUCUCUUCUUUGAGAUGGUCUCCUUUACUCUGGACCUGUUUCUGGUCUCCCCUGUUUUCUCUCCCGCCCCAACCCUUCUUUCUCUAGAUUGUUUACAUAUGAAGGGCUGUUCUCCCUCAGAGUUGCAGAGUCGGCUCUCUUCUCUGAGACACACAAAUCUAAGUCAGACCAUUGCCCCCAUGUCCUCCCCAACCUCUUCUUUCAAUCAAGACUUCACCAAGGGUGGGGGUUUGGUGUCCUGAGGAGUCUCCUGGAAUCUGAGUGGAGGUGACUGAAUGCCAGACAAGGCGCUGGCUGAGCCGCUUGGGGCUUACUGGCCCAAAUGGAAAACUGCAAGAACAGUCACCUCUACUCAUGCCUCCCGGAACCCACUAAGUUCUUGCCUAACUUGAUCCUUCCCCGAGGGGGAAGAGGGGAGUGAACAACAGAACACUCCCUAGAUGCUCCCUCCCCUCCCUCAGCCAGUCCCCCUUCCAACCCCCAAGGAUGGCAUGUCAUGCCAAGAGCAAUGUGAAAAGCAACAAAAACCAUUGGGUGCACCAAGCCCUCUCCGACUCUGCCACUCACCUCUCUACCCUUUUCUGCCCCCCUAAAAAUUUAUUUGAUUGGUCUGGA